UUUUUUUUUUCUCCUCCCCAUCUCCUCCUCCUCCCCCUCCUCCAUACACCCUCCAUUUGCCACUGUUGUGAUUGUUAUGAUACUUGCCCCCCCCCCAGCUUUCCACGACCUUUACGAUAAUUCCUCUCUUUGAACGACCUCGGACGCGCUUGGCCACCCUAGUCUUUCACCUUCCUCACCGGCGCAAUCUGUCUAUCGGCUAUCUACCGCUUUCUUGCCUCCACAUCACACCUGCACAUCCGACCCGCCCCUCCGUCCCUCUCAGGUCCCAGACACUCAUCUCUCACAACAAUCGGCCUCCCUCGUAACGACUUCUUUUUUUUUUCUUUUCUUUUUUUCUCCCCUUCAAUCUCCAACGCUUCAGCGAAAGCGUUAAAUCAACUCAGCAACACACAUCAAGGCUAUCAACAAUGUGGUGCAACAACUGCUGCUUGGUGUUCCCAGUUCGAGGAGGCGGAAUGUGGCUCGCCGGCCUGGUUGUCCUACUCAACGUCAUCGGCGGAAUUCUGCUUUUCCUCUGGGGUCCCUACUUCUUUUCCUCGACCAUGGCCCUCCUCUUUGCAGGGUUCUCGAUGAUCCAAGCUGUCACUGCAGGAAUCGCCUUCCUCGGGAUGUGCAAUUGGUCGUACAUGAUGACGAGGAUGUUUGUCUUUGUUCAGUGGUUGGUCGCAUUCCUGGCGACCGCCAGGGUCGGUGUCAUGGCCUUCCAGCUCGAGUCGAACAAGUCCCACAUCGCAUCCGAGUGCUGGGGCGCCGUCAACGACAAGGGCUACACACCUCAAGGCACGGCUGCUGCGUUCUACUGCAACACGCCCAUCGACCAGUUCAUCAUGAUCUUUAUCGCAGGACUGGUCAUCGACUUUAUUCUGAACCUGUACAUGUACUUUGUGGUAUGGCGGUACUAUGUCCGCAUGCGACUGUAUCCCUUCCAUAAGGGCGUUGGGCUCACGUACGAGCAGGGACUGUACGAGAUCUAAAGAGGCACGGACCGGGCCCUCGUUCUGGAUGACUCCUACAUACACACUACAUAUACAUAUUCAGCCGGCCCCAUAUUGUGCCUUUCCUACCUCUAUAUAUAUUUGUCUAUAUGUCCAUAGUAAUAAACCUUGAAGUCCGAUUUUUGGAGAGCAAGUUGAGGACGCGAACUGGGACGCGUGCGCGUAGAUCGUUUCUGCACCCCGUGACCAGGACUCUCUCCAAUAAACGACUCCUUGAAAUAUUUCGAGGACCUCGAU